AUGAUUGGUAAAGCUGUUCUAAAUGGUAUUGAUUCCAUACGUCGAAUUCUGGAAAUCUUCCGUCGUAAAAAGAUCCAUGCAGAUGUUGUGAAUGGAUACAACGGUUUGAUGAUUGAAAACUUUCAGACUGCUGCUAAAUUUAAUACCUGUGUGGAGGAUGCUUUACCAAUGAUCAGCAAAUUGGAAUAUGAGAAAAAAUUUGAUAUGCCAUUUAAACAUGUAUUUGGUAAAACUAUGAUAUGUCGUAAUAUGGAAGUAGCAACACAGUUUGCAAGAACACAAAACUUGGAUUGUGUCACCUUGGAAGGAGAUCAAGUAAGCCGAAGAGGAGCAUUAACUGGUGGCUAUUACGACUCGCGAAAGUCUCGCGUGGAAAUGCAGCGCAACAUCAUUGAUUUGCGAGAGAAAUCCGAGCAGCAGGAGAGUGCAUAUGAAGAACAUCGAGAGAAACUACAGAAGGUGGAAGUUGAAAUAACUUCUAUGAUGAGUGAAAUGCAGAAGUUGGAAACAAGAAAUAGAAAGAAUAAGGAUAUAUAUGAACAAAUGCGUAGUGAUCUACGAAUCCAGAGAGAGGAAAGCCAAGUUAUCCAACGUUCACUGCAACCUAAGGAACGUCGCUUAAACAGUUUGAAAAGCAGUCUUCAGGCCAUGAAGAGUACUGCACAGUCUUUGGAAGAAGAGAUGGGAACCGAGUUAUUAUCCCAGCUCAGUGUGCAUGAACAGAAGGAAGUAGACGCUUUGAAUGAUGAAAUCAAGGAUUUAACACAACAAAAUAAGGACACCCUCAAUCAAAGGAUCAGGUUGGAAGGACAGAAGAACAAAUUUGAGAAUCUUCUUUCUAACAAUCUGAUGCGGAAAAGAGAAAGACUUCUUCAGGAACUGCAUGACAUCUCGGCAGAAGAUAAACGACAGAAACUUGAAACCAUGUCAAUAGACUUACAAGGAGCCAGUCGAAACAUUGAAGAGAAUAAGAAAAGAUUAGACGAAAUGGAAAUGCAGGUGGAAGAAUUGAAUAAAGAGAAACAAGAAUUACAGACUGAAUUGGAAGAAUGGAAGACAAAUGAAAAAGGACAGUUAGAAAAGAUACAAGAUGAUACAAAAGCGCUUGAAAAAAUGACAAAUAAGCAAAGUCUACUUUUAAAAAAGAAAGAAGAAUGUAUGCGUAAGAUUCGUGAGCUUGGAUCACUGCCCAGUGAUGCCUUUGAGAAAUACAAUACUUUGUCAUUGAAAGCUCUUUUCAAGAAACUGGAACAGUGCAAUGCAGAAUUGAAAAAAUACAGCCAUGUAAACAAGAAAGCUCUGGAUCAGUUUGUGAAUUUUUCAGAUCAGAAAGAGAAACUUAUUAAACGUAAAGAAGAAUUAGACAAGGGCCACAUGGCCAUUACUGAACUGAUGCAAGUGUUGGAACACAGGAAAUAUGAAGCUAUCCAGCUGACUUUUAAACAAGUGUCCAAAUACUUUAGUGAAGUAUUCCAUAGAUUAGUACCAGGUGGACAUGCUACAUUGGUAAUGAAAAAAGGGGAUAUAGAUCAGUCGUCACAGGAGAUGGAUAGCGAAUCUAGUCAGGCUCCUGUUGGUACACCAUUAGUGGAGCAGUUUACUGGUGUUGGAAUCAAGGUAUCGUUUACUGGUAAGGCUGGUGAAACCCGUGAAAUGCAGCAGCUUUCUGGUGGUCAGAAGUCACUUGUAGCUUUGACUCUUAUAUUUGCAAUUCAGAAAUGUGAUCCUGCUCCUUUCUAUCUCUUUGAUGAAAUUGAUUCAGCUUUAGAUGCCCAACAUAGGAAAGCUGUGGCAGACAUGAUUCAUGAUUUAGCUGAUGAUGCACAGUUCAUCACUACCACCUUUAGACCAGAACUGUUAGAAUCUGCUGAUAAAUUUUAUGGUGUUCGUUUUCGUAAUAAGGUUAGUCAUAUAGAUACUGUAUCCAAAGAACAGGCUAAGGACUUCUUGGAAGAUGACGAAACACAUACAUAAUGUUUAGUAUCACAAGUAUCUGUAAUUUUUCAGAAAAUUGUUUAGUACUUAGAUUUCCAAUUAUAUAAAGAUAGCAAUUAGAUUUGAAAUUAGUCUUUGUCACCAACAUGGACGUUGCCCUCCGUUUAGUUUUUAACCCUUGAUUGUUUUCUGUUCAAGUCAAUUAAAUUUAUAAUGCAUGUUUGUAACACUGCCUUAAUUUCUUUAAAAUUGUCUUCAUCUAUAAUAUUAAUGCUGUAUUUAAUAUUUUGAACAGUGUCUUUAAUUUGGUACAUUCAGUAUUACGGUAAUAGUUAUCAAAAUUGCCAUUUCAUUAUUAAAUCAAUAUUUUAAAUAGUCAGUUAUAUGCGAAAAACUUUUUAUAUUAGAAAUUUUUGAUGUAAAUGUGGCGUUAUAUUUUCAUUCUAUAUUAUAUUAAUAUUCUAUGUUUUGUAUUAUCUUACUCAACCCAUGUUGUAUGCUAGGGGUACCUACCUGUGUGUCAUGUGAACUGAAUAUUGCUCCAUAUAAUAUAUAUACAUGAGACAUUGAUCAUAAGCAUUGUAUUUAUUCUAUUAAAAGAGCAUCACCAAUAUCAUCACAAUAAAACCCAAAUAUGUUUGUAGUGGGUACAUCAAACUCACUAUGUUUCUAAUAGAGAAAAUACUACCUCUCCAUCAGGCCAUUGUUUCAAAAUGUUUUUUUGUGACGAUGUAAACAAUCUUGAUUCUUUAUCAUGCUUACAGAUUUGAGAUUCCAUGCUGUUUUUUUCAGUAGAAUAUUUUCACAGCUCUGUAUUGUUCCAUUUUGACAGUUGUUGUUUAGCUUCGCUGCUUUCCUUGUAUAACACUACAGGUGGUCCUCACAAGUGAAUAAAUCAAAUCUACAGUACUUUUACCAUGAUGAUAAUGUAUUACCGUCAUGAAUUCAGCUUUAUAAUCCGUGUAAAUAAAGUUUUCCUUCAAUGUU